UAGAGUCACAUUGUGAAUGUCGCCGGAAUGACAGUAACCGAUGCAGCGCCCGUCUCAAGGGUGCCCAUGUGAGCUAAAGGAGGGGUACUUGAUGUACGAUUUGGCAAGAGCACCUUGUUUUUAUGAUGUAUUGAACGGAGAGAAUCAACUCCAUCUCAUGUCUUGUCUUUUUCUCAAAGUCCCACCGAAGAUAGCAAGAUUGCUCACCGAAAAAUCGUAUCUAUGGAUACCUUCGCUCAGACUCUCGUGCACCUCAGAGAGAAUCAAUAUGUGACCUAAUUAUUAUUUCCCCUCCUCUGAUAAGACUGCUAUUCUGUUUUGCUCUGAAGGCGUGGUUCUGGGCCACUAGACGCUCGCCUCAUAUUCCUCCAUUGCUAUUCAUGCGAACGCCACAGCUGAACAUUCAAGAGACAAGCGUUGCUUGGCUAACUGGAGCAAUAAUCAAAUUAAGCGCUACACGAAACAGACGCGCAGACGUUUCAGGAGCUUGAACGAGGAGAGGGACAUUGCUGUAGGGGAGACUCCCAUCUUCUGACUGUAAUCGAGCAAAGGGAAUCUAAAAUGGGCACUAUUCCCAAACCCAAAAGGACAGUGACUAUUCAGAUGGGACCUCACAUUGCCGUUGCGGACUCCUUUGGAAACAAGGAGCCCAGUGCCAACUGGGAGAACGAGCCAAACUCAAAAUUAAACCAAGCUUCCACGUCCCCUGCAGAGCGCAGGCAAGAUAAUGUGUGCGUGAAGGCAUCAAACGUGAGCGUGGCCAACGAGGCUCUGGACAGCAGCGAGCCAAGUUUAGCCGCCACGGCUAACGGAGAAAAUGAGAGGUCGGAGGCCCUAAUUGGGGAGGGCCCAGAGCGGAGCGGCGCUCUGGCGGGUCAGCAUAUCAGUGGGGCGGGUGAGAGCCCCAGGAACAGCACCGCCAACACAGGAGCAAUAACCGCAGAGAAGGAGGCGCCUCCAGUGACAUCGCCGAAAGGUGACAGCACCUUGAAAGCGCGAGGUCCCGAGCAGGCGCCGGCAGAGCCGAAAGCGGAGAGCCUCAGAACUGACACAUCUAAAGAUUCGCAGAAAUGCGAGGGUAACGCAGCUCCCGCUCAAAUGUCCAGGGAAAUGUCUAGUCCAGAGCCAUCAGCUUCUGAAGUGCUGACGCACAGAAAAAAUGAGGCCGGCAACGUCGGUAUCAGCACAGACAAAGACAAGCGGAUACACACAAAAACUAAAGGUUCUGACAGUGCUGCUGGCCUUUCCUCUGUCCCAGCCAUUAACCCCGAGCAAGGUGAACCUCACCUGGAGAUCACAGAAAAGCAAGCUGCUGCAGCUGGAGUCAAUCCCGAGCAAGUGGAAUAUAAAAAAGGGGACGCUUCCAUUGUGAAACCGAGCAAUGAUGUUACGCGAGGCAGUGCAACAGGUGCACCGUCGCCCAAAACUGUGGUGACACACAUUAAGGAGGAGGCAGGCCUUGUGUGUCUGGAGCAGGAUUCAGGGGCUCCAGAGGAGCCUAAGAGCUCCUCAAAUCGACAGUCGUUGGCACCGUCGCCAAUGGAUACGGAAACACCUGGAGGACGGCGGAGUGAAGGGGCCCCUGCGCAGAUGGCGGAAGGAGCGGCUCGCCACGAGGGCGCCGCGUCAGAAGAAAAGCAGAUGGCGCGACAAGGACACUGCAAAGUGUUUAAGGAGGCCGGCACCAUGACCGCCCCUGUGGGGGGGUGCCAGCUCCCGCUCCCCAGGGCGGAGUGCAGAGACGUGGAGGUGCAGGCCGUCGCCGAUGUCUGCAGCCGGUCGGCGGGCACCAGUCCGUGUCACCUCCCGACGGCCCCGGUGCACAAAGCGGGCUGUGCCCCCCCGACAGGAGAGGGGGGGGGUCUUACGGGGGCCUGUCAGAUGGCCGCCUGGUCACGGCCCGCUCACCAGGCGCUGACAGAUGACGCCCGGUCGAAAGGAGGCGGGGCUUUUAGCGACGCGUCCAUCCAGACGGUCAUCUCCUCUCGGGUCCACGAGCUCACCAGCAGCCAGGUCACCAGCGAGCACCUCCCGGAGAAAGCCAGACCGGGCGAGGGUUUAUGUAAGAGUCCCAACGCCGGCGUGAGUCACCAUUCUGGUUCAGUGCCGCAUCAGGAUAUGGAGCUGGGAGCCCGGCCGAAGGAACCAGGAACGCAUCUAUGCCCCGUCCAAAAAGGACCCCCACCCUUACAACCAGUUUAUCAAAUAACCAUUGAGUCAUGCAGUCACUCGGACCAGCUCUCCAGAGCAAGCACGCAUGAUAAAGUCCUGCCUACGGCAAACUCCGCUGGCAGGCCCCAGUCAGAACCACACAGCAGAAACCACACAGGAAGCCUGCAUGAAACACCUACGACGUCCAGUCACGCGUGCCAAGUCGUCGCUGACAUUGUGAACUUGCCAGCGCAGUCGGCCAGCAUUCUUACCGCCAAACCCUGCUCUUCGCAGUCGGAUUCCGCGCCCCAUGCAGCUUGCGGAGAAAAGGCAUCGUUAAAGCCGGACCUGGAAAAGCACCAGGUGGAGCCACCAGCGGUGGGAGGGGACAACAGUGUUAAACAGAAGGAUCCCCCACACAAAGAGGAGCCCAGCGCAGGGUCGGACCAAGGCCGUAACCUGGCACCAAGCGUACCGAAGUCAGAAUCGGGUCAGUGCAAAACAGACAAGGACCAGAAGACAGACAAGACAGAUAAGGACAAGAAGACGGAUAAGGACAAGAAGACGGAUAAGGACAAGAAGACAGAUAAGGACCAGAAGACGGAUAAGGACCAGAAGACGGAUAAGGACCAGAAGACGGAUAAGGACCAGAAGACGGAUAAGGACAAGAAAAUGGAUAAGGAGAAGAAGACGGAUAAGGAGAAGAAGACGGAUAAGGACAAGAAGACGGAUAAGGACAAGAAGACAGAUAAGGACAAGAAGGCGGAUAAGGACAAGAAGACGGAUAAGGACAAGAAGACAGAUAAGUCAGGCAGCAACGACGACGACAAAGCCAGCAAGCAGGCCAAAUCCCAGGCCGUGCCGGACGUGGUGUGGGAUGAGCAGGGCAUGACAUGGGAGGUGUACGGCGCAUCCGUCGACCCCGAGUCCCUCGGCUUCGCCAUCCAGAGCCACCUGCUGUGCAAGAUCCGAGAGCAUGAGAAGCAGAUCAAGAGCCAGACCACCAUCAGGAAAUCGAUUUCCUCCGAGUCUUCCCAGGGGAGAAAGACCAAGAAGAGGCAGCGGAACGUUUUCAGGUCGCUCCUGCAAAAUGUCCGCCGGCCCAAGUGCUGCAUGCGGGCCCCGCCCUCCUCCGUGCUGGAGUGAGGGGCCCGCGGGCGGCGGCUGACACAUCGGUCCCUAUCGAGAGCGUUUUCUGAUGUUUCAAAAUGAACGCAGAUAAGAAGCAUUCCUUUACCAUCUGGUACUGUGCA